GGGGCCUUUUGGGAAAGACAGUCAUUUGCUACUAAAUGCUGCUACUUUAGUGCUGAAAUCUGGGGUUGCUUCAUCUGGCCUGUGGACUUUUUGCCUGUCCUUUUCCCUUACAAAGCAAGGUAAACGGGCAAGAUGAACUUUUCCAAGCUACCCAAAAUCCGAGAUGAAGAUAGGGAAAGCGUGUUUGGCUACGUCCAUGGAGUCUCAGGACCCGUGGUCACUGCUUGCAACAUGGCAGGUGCAGCUAUGUACGAGUUGGUACGAGUUGGCCACUGUGAGCUGGUGGGAGAAAUUAUCCGUCUGGAGGGUGAUAUGGCUACUAUCCAGGUGUAUGAAGAAACCUCUGGUGUCUCUGUAGGAGAUCCUGUACUCCGUACUGGCAAACCCCUCUCAGUGGAACUUGGCCCUGGCAUUAUGGGGGCCAUUUUUGAUGGUAUCCAGAGGCCUCUGACAGACAUCAGCACUCAGACCCAAAGUAUCUACAUCCCCAGAGGUGUCAACGUGUCAGCCCUGAGCAAAGACCUCAAAUGGGACUUUUCACCUUCCAAAAACCUGCGGGUUGGCAGUCACAUCACUGGGGGAGAUAUUUAUGGACUGGUGAAUGAAAACUCCCUUAUCAAACACAAAAUCAUGUUGCCCCCACGGAACAGGGGGACGGUAACAUAUAUUGCUCCACCAGGGAACUACGACACAUCAGAUGUUGUCUUGGAGCUGGAAUUUGAAGGUGUGAAGGAGAAGUUCACUAUGGUACAGGUCUGGCCUGUACGUCAAAUCCGUCCUGUCACUGAAAAAUUACCAGCCAACCAUCCCUUACUAACUGGCCAACGGGUCCUUGAUGCCCUCUUCCCGUGUGUACAAGGGGGUACUACUGCUAUCCCCGGGGCCUUUGGCUGUGGAAAGACUGUGAUCUCCCAGUCUCUCUCCAAGUACUCCAACAGUGAUGUUAUCAUCUAUGUAGGCUGUGGAGAACGAGGAAAUGAGAUGUCUGAAGUACUCAGAGAUUUCCCAGAGCUCACAAUGGAAGUUGAUGGGAAGGUAGAAAGUAUUAUGAAGAGAACAGCCUUAGUAGCAAAUACCUCCAACAUGCCCGUCGCUGCCAGAGAAGCCUCUAUUUAUACCGGAAUCACCCUGUCUGAGUAUUUCCGGGACAUGGGCUACAAUGUUAGUAUGAUGGCUGACUCCACUUCCCGAUGGGCUGAGGCCCUUAGGGAAAUUUCAGGGCGUUUAGCUGAAAUGCCAGCUGACAGUGGCUAUCCAGCCUACCUCGGUGCCCGUCUGGCUUCAUUCUAUGAGCGAGCUGGCAGAGUGAAGUGUCUGGGGAACCCCGAGCGAGAAGGGAGUGUCAGCAUCGUCGGGGCUGUAUCUCCCCCUGGUGGUGACUUCUCAGAUCCUGUCACAUCUGCCACUCUGGGCAUUGUUCAGGUGUUUUGGGGCUUGGAUAAGAAGCUGGCUCAGCGCAAGCACUUCCCGUCUGUCAACUGGCUGAUCAGCUACAGCAAGUACACACGGGCCCUGGAUGAGUAUUAUGACAAGCACUUCACAGAGUUUGUCCCUCUGAGGACAAAGGCCAAGGAGAUCCUGCAGGAAGAGGAGGACCUGGCGGAGAUUGUGCAGCUUGUGGGGAAGGCUUCCUUGGCAGAAACAGAUAAAAUUACCCUGGAGGUUGCCAAACUGAUCAAAGAUGACUUCCUGCAGCAGAAUGGCUACAGCCCUUAUGACAGGUUCUGCCCUUUUUAUAAGACAGUGGGGAUGCUUUCCAACAUGAUUGCAUUCUACGACAUGGCGCGCCGAGCUGUAGAGACCACAGCCCAGAGUGACAAUAAGAUCACAUGGUCCAUCAUCCGAGAAAAUAUGUCUGAAAUCCUUCAGAGACUCGUUUCCAUGAAAUUCAAGGACCCAGUGAAAGACGGCGAGGCGAAUAUCAAGGCAGACUAUGCUCAGCUCUUUGAGGACAUGCAGAAUGCAUUCCGUAGUCUGGAAGACUAGGCUUUGCCCCCAUUCCAAUGAUCCCCUUCAGUUUAAAUUUCUCAUCUCAGCCCCUCUGUUUCCCUACUGUGCAAGACUGAAAUGAGAGAACCUGAGGCCUUGGCUACACUUGGCAAUUCACAGUGCUGCCGCAGCAGCGCUGUGAAGCACGAAUGUAGUCGCGCCGCCAGCGCUGAGAGAGCUCUCUCAGAGGGGAGUAGCUUGCAGCGCUGCGCUCGGGGGGGCGUUUUCACACCCCUGAGCGCAGCAAGUUGCAGCACUGUACAGCCCCAGUGUAGCCAAGGCCUGAGUUUAUAACAGUCCUACAUGUCCUAGUUCAUACUCAGUAAGUCUUUGUAAAACAUUCCUCUUAGUUUGUUUGGCCUCACUGUGUGUCUGAAAUGGAUGGUGGGUGGAGUUAGUGUGAAUGGGCCUGAGAGAAAGUGAGGAACUGCAAUUGUAAACUUGUAGGGUGGGGGAUUCUCCCUCCCCCCCCCCCCCCCCCUCCACUCCCAAAUAGAUGUACUCUCUUAACAGACAGGCUUUUGCUUCUGGGAGAAAGUAAACCAAGUAAGUUGUUGUAGUAGAGGAGGUGAGACUUAGUGCAGUGAUAUGGUACAUUCUGAGGUGGUGGUGGUAAGGGCAUACAGGCCUAGUUUUAGCCAGUGACUAUCAGGCAAAGAAUGGGCAUUUCCCCUGCUUUGAAAUAGGAUUUAUUCAAUUUUUCCAAUGAGCUGCUACUACCAAUAUAUAGCAUAUUCUUUGGUAGUUUCCCUUCUAAACCUCCAAUUGAGCCUGUAUUAAAGCAAGUGUAUUACAACACAGUAGUUGUGGAACUCUGCAAGGUGUUAACCAAAAGAAACAUGUGAAAGCAGCCAUGUGUCAGUCUGCAUUUGAGAAAUAGCAUUUAUUUUCCUACCUAAUAUUUAAAUAAGACUGUUGGACUACACUUUAAUUAAAAAAUCAAAGCCAUAGCUGCUCGACUAUCAGCAGCAAGAAUUUUAUCCUCUUGCUUCCCACUCCCAACAGAAAAUGGCAUGACACUCGCCUGCUUCAGUGUAGCUACUUUGUACUACAGGACCCAACAAGAUGUGGUGAUCCCAUUUGUACGGAGCAGGAAUCCAGCCUGCCUCAGUGGCACGCUGCAUGCCAUAACAUUUGCCUUCUAGUACAAUGUUGAGGUCACCACAUGCUUCCAAAACUUUCCCUUCAGAUACCUGAAUUUGAUUUAAUUUGUUUGUCCAAUUGUGGUAUGCAAGAGCCUCUUUAGAGGGGAUGUUCAAUGCUAAACUUUCUUGUUGGAAGGUUCAUUGUGAUCCCGAGGAGCUGGUGACUCUUUCUUGCACUGCACUCUGGAGGUGUUUGGUGUCUUCAAAGCCGUCAGAGCUACUGCUUCUUGGACUUGUUUAAUAAUGGCAGAGCCAAUAUGUGAUGAGGACUAAAUACAGAGCAGCCUUUUGUCAUUAACCUGCUAGAGCCAGAACUUACCAUAUUGCUUCACAAUGGGAGAAAUUAAUAAGGGAGUUGGCAACCUUUUUGAACUUGUAUUUCAGGAGGAAUUAAACACUUUUGGGGGGGGGGGGGGCACACAACAUUAAUCCCAGACUUAUUCCAGCUAUCAUUUAGCUUUGAAUGGCAAUGGACCAACUUCUGCUACUUCCUGUGUUAUGCCAACUCACUGUCUGGCACGGAGCCCAGCUGAAACUUUAAAAGGCUCUUCAAAUAUUAACCUCUUUGAUCUCUCAAAGUAAACAAAUUAAAGAUAUUCAACGUAGUGCUCUGGUGGUGAAUGGCUGACAGUUUACAGUUCAUUUAAUUUCUGUGUAUGCUGCCUAUUAAGCAUGGUCAUGUAUAAAUGAGUAGUCGCUAUACAAAAAUCCUCAGUUCAUACCUAUCACAAGUGUACUGUGUUUGUAGCAUUCCAUGCUAGAGGACAGAUGUUCUAUUUCUCUAAAUUAAGAGAGGAUGUUAUAAACUUUACAACUUGUUUAAAAUAAUGCAGCUGUAAUAUUUAUUGUGCAGUUCCUAGCCCUAAAGUGUGACCAGUUCAAAGUUGCAUACAUAUAUAUUUUUGUCUUGUCUCUGUUUUCAGUGUUGAAAUUCUGAUGUUUCACUGUGUUGCUACAAAUUUUUCCUCCACACAUGUGGAAGGAAUGAAAGAAUGGGUAAAAAAAACAAACCAAGACCUGCUCUUCCUUGUAUUUCAUAAUGGAUGUUGCUGAAAGUUGUGCAAAACUGUUCAAGUCAAUGAGAAUAAAGUGGAUUUAAAGUA